AUGCUGAAAGUCGGGAGGCUGAUCAGGGACUCCCCAGUACGAUGGGAGGCCGCCUAUAAAACGUUCCUAGCUGCCACUGAGACGACACGUCCUCGUGCCUACCUGGAAUUUUUAGAGGACAACAUCCCAAUACCGACUCCGCGCCAAGAGGGGGCCGCCGUCCGUGUACUCAGUAUUGGGAGUGGAUCAGGAGAAGUGGACAGCGCUAUCUUGAGGAAGAUCCUGCAAAGGCAAAGCAGCGUGUACAACAGAGUCGUGGAACCGUCGGGAGAAAUGAUAAAGAAUUUUAAGGCAAUGGUACAACAUGACACGAGCUUCGGUGCAGUGAAGUUUGACUGGCGCCAACAGACAGCGGAGGAGUACUUCUCUGACAACGAUGGCAAAAAGUUCGACCUUGCCCACGCCGUGCACGUUCUGUACUUUGUGGAGGACCACCACGCCACCUUGCGAAACAUGUGGGAACAACUGGCCGAGGGAGGCCACCUGUUUGCCUUUCUUCUUACGGGUAUGUUGUGGCCUCCAACAGGCCUUCCCAUGGGGUACGGAUAG